AUGGCUCUUUCUCCAAUCAGUGCCGACGAAAGGCUAUGGCGCUUGCGACGACUGGCUCAGGAGUACGACAUCGACGACAGUCCAGAGCCGACACCCCUGUAUAAACCAUCAGCUACCCCUUCGCCACUCACGCCAAACUUCAAGAACCCCGAGGAUGAGCACCGAGCAGAUGACCUGCUAAGGCGGAGGAGACAGGUCAACUCCCAGGCCAACGGCGAUGGCAAUGGUGGCGUGGCAGGUGUGAAGAAGAGGUCGUUCACGUUAACCCGAAAAGACAGCUUCUCGUCCAAGUUCGCCUCCAAGGAAAUUUUCGAUGCAUUGGAUGCUCAUGUCGCAAAUGCCGGUGCGCCGGGGGUGGCGGAAGCACUGAUCCACAAGCUACGCAUGGCUGGCGGUGACCUCAACCGCGCAAACACAAAAUCCAAGACGCCUUUCAAUCUCAGGAGGAGGAGCCUGGACGACCUGGGGCAGGACCAGAGCCGGAUCCUGCAGAAGGCCGUCGAGAACGGGCAAGAAGAUAUGGUCAACGUCCUUGUUCCCCACGCCGAAUCAGCAACUCUAGACGCAGCAUUGCCUCUGGCUAUGCGUAACGGAAACAUUCGUAUCGUUGAGGCUCUUCUGAGGUACGGCGCUAGCGCGUCACAGACUCCGGAAGGACAGUUCCAGUUUCGGCAAAUGUGCAUUAAUGGUGGACAGGCCGAGCUGGUUGGGUUGAUCCUACAGUCUGAUGGCAGGCCUCCUCCCGACUGGAUCUCGGGGGCCAUGAUCGACGCAGCAAGGAAAGGGUGCGUGGGUACUGUUGCCCAAUUGAGUCGAUCCGUCGCAGAUGGCAGUUUCGAUGAUGGCGCAGCUCUCAAGGAGGCCAUCUCACAGUGCCGGGUCGACAUUGCUUUGGCAAUCCUCAUUGGCACUAAGCCUCCGAAUAAGGAUUGCCUCAACGAUGCUUUCCGCUUGGUCUCCACACAUCCGGCAAUGAAUCCACCAGAGAAGAUCACCCUGACCGACAUAUUACUUCUGGCUGGCGCCGAGGGCGCCGUGGUCUCGGCAGCGUUAGUUAAGGCCUGCAAAACCGAAUUCUACGACAUGAUCGACCUCCUUAUCAGCAAUGGUGCCUCGAUCGAGUAUGAGAACGCUGUGGUCGUUAAGAACGCGAUCGAAAGUGGCAACAUCAGCCUGGUGCAGCUGCUGUUGAACGAGAGAGCAGUACUGAGCCCCGUUCUCGCCGGCGAGCUUAUCGGGAGCAUCGGCAAGCGCAUUCACCCCGAAGACCGACGCAUUCUGUACAGCACGCUGCUUCGGAAAGGCGCAAAAGGCCCUCCCCUUGACGAAGCCCUGAUAAAGGCGGUGGAAGGCGGAGACAACGAAUGUGUUAAGCUUCUUCUAACGCCACACUUUCCUGGUUCGGGAAGAUUGCAGCCGAAAGCGAGCCACGACCUCAAGACAGGCCCGCGAAGUAUGGUAUUCGAGCGGCAUGCCAUGGCAGAUGUGAAUUACAAGGGCGGCUUGGCACUCGCAGAGGCUGUCUCCUCUGGUAAUCUUACUAUGGUUGAGUACAUUCUCGCAGCGAAGCCCAUUAUCGAGACUCUUGUCGCGGUGUUCCCAAGUAUCAAUAACCUCAAUCAAAUGGAACGAUAUCACAUGACGGAGUCGUUUCUCAAUGCCGGCGUCCACGGGCCUUGCGUACAUGCCGCCUUACAGCAAGCCAUCGACGAGGCGCCACCUAGGAGAGAUGAGCGUCUUAUCAAAAUCUUGCUUCAACAUGACGUCGACGCGAAUGUCAACGAUGGCGCACCGUUAAUAUCGGCCAUUGAACACCUCGAUGCCGAUCUGCUGGAGGCGUUGCUCCGGAAACGACCCACAACGAAGAACGCGGUAGCAGCACUGAAGAAAGCCAUGGAUGUAGUGGACAAGGGCAAAAGGGCGCGAAUGGUAAGCGCACUUCUUCGGGCCGGCGCGAAUGAAUCGACGAAGACGGUGGGCGAGACUUUGACGAAGGUACUACACGAGCAGCCUGCGGACACUCGUCUGCUGGCUGUGGUUCUGCAACACGGGAACGCCGAUGUCAAUAUGGACACAGGCGAUCCAGUGGUGAUGGCUGUUCGAGAUGAGAACCCUCAGGUGCUUGAGCUUGUUCUACAGACGGGCAGGGCCACACCCGAGACUCUUGAUCUUGCUAUACAAGCGAUGGCCAACGUACCCUCAAGCCAAGAUAAAGCUACCAAAUUGGAAUCGAUCGUGAAGCGGACGAAGCAGAAGGAAUCUUUAAACAGCCUCCUCGCCAAUGAAGUGCAAUCUAUUCUUCGAUGUCCCCCUCAGAAACGCACGUUGGUCGUUUUGAGGGCUCUUCUUGCCUUGGGAGUCGAUGUCAACACAAAUAAAGGCACAGCACUCUGUUUUGCCGUGGCUGGCGCAGAUUCGAAAAUCACCGAUGUUCUCUUUGCGGCCAGGCCAAGCACGAAGACACUGGCAGCAGCGGUGCCUUGGGCCUUCAAAAUCGCUGACCCUACCGAACGACUAACCUUCAUUCAAAAGCUUCUGCAUGCGGGCGCACCGGCGGACGAGGUCAACAGGGCGUUGGUGCACGCGAUCGGAACACACCCCGACGAUACCGCCUUGAUCAAUACACUUCUUGCCAGAGCGGACACCAGCGACGGAGAGGCACUGAUGGUAGCAGUACGAAAGGCAAACGUCCUCAUGGUGGAGAUGAUCAUAACCAGGGCAAAAAAACACCCGGCAGACAGACUGAACCACGCCUUCAGCGAGGCCGCCAGAAUCGAGAAUAAGGAAGUUCGAAGAUCGAUCUGCGAGCUUCUCCUGAGGGCGGGCGCGACAGGCCCCGCCGUUUCCGAUGCUCUCCUUGCUGCCGCUGGCACCGGAGAUCUUACCCUCGGGAAAAUGCUCCUGGACUACGGUGGUAGUGUGGACCAUCAGGAGGGUCAAGCUGUGGUUGAGGCGUGUCGUGCUGGCUCGCCAGAUGUUUUGAAGAUGCUUCUGUCAAGCAAGACCGCUAUCAGGAAGGAAACUCUCGAGCGUGGUUUCCAAGCCGCCACGGAAGUGGGUGAUCUCAACCAUCGUGCGGCCGUGUUACAAAUGCUCCUGGACAAGGGCGUCAGCGGUGAAAUUCUCGAUGCACAGCUGGUCUCCGCAGCCCGCUUCGGCGAUGAUGCCCUGGAGCUGGUUCGCCUUCUUCUUCGCUAUGGUGCGCAAACCGACUACAAUGGCGGCGAGGCGGUCUACAACGCUACGAGAUGUGCAUUUCUGCCUAUUCUACAAUUAAUGCUUGGAAUCGUACCGGUUGGUGGAAAGCAAGUCAAGCCCUCAAGUCAGACGAUGAUCCGCGCCCUCAAAGCAAGCUCAAAAUUAAGUGGCGAACCGAGAUAUCAGGUCAUGAAAUGGCUCUUUGCCGCGGGUCUACCGGCCUGCGAGGAGGUUCACAUUUCACUCGACAAAGCCGUGAACGAGGAGGAGCCAAAUAUUGAUCUGGUCAAGCUGCUUCUGCAGAACGGAGCAUCGCCGCUCGCGAACGGCUGCAAGGCUCUAGUCGAUGCCGCUCAGAAGCUGAAUUUCGCGGUACUAGAUCUAUUCUUGGAACGCGAAAUCUCACAGGACGACAUAAGCUGGGCUUUCCUACAGACCUUCUCGGCAGCUGACGCGGACAAAUGGGUCAUGGAACCCGGCUUCCAAGUGGCGCAACGCCUGCUGAAGAAGGGGGCCCAAGGUGAUGGCCCUGCGAGUGCUCUCAUAGUCGCAAUCGACUACAUGGGCACAGAAAAGGAUGAAAUCGCGCGGGCGUUUGUGGACCUUCUCAUCGAAUACAAUGCGGAUGUCAAUCAGGACCAGGGCGCUGCACUGAUCAAGGCCGCGAAGAGUGCGAAUGUUCACCUGAUGCGGCAGGUGUUGCAGCAAAAACCAAACUCGGAUUCAGUGUCCAUGGCUUUUCCUUAUGUGUUCGACCACGAGGCGCCCGAGGACCAAGCGUUGGAGCUCAUUUCAUUAUUUACGGAUUACUCUGAUGGCGAAAAGCGGCUGGAUGCGAUGUUCAACCACCCGGAGGCCGAAUCUGUGGUGUUCAAGGCCAUCUCACGGUAUCCGCGCUCCACCACAAUUGUCGAGACUCUACUUGAUGCUGGGUAUUACCAUGACCAGAUGACCAGUGCGCGGAUUUUGGAAGAAGUCGAGGAAGAUGAGCCUGUGAAUCUGUUGCUGUGGUGUCUCCUCCAGCCUCAGAAGAAGGUCAGCAGCAGCAUCGUCAACAUGCUCAUCGACAGGGGGGCGCGUGUCAACUUCGAAGCGCGAGUAUCGAAGACGACUCCCUUGAUGCUGGCUAUCAAAGAACGGCGACAUGAUAUCGUUAAGAAACUCGUCUUUGCUGGUGCCGAGGUCGACGUGGCUGAUGUCACAGGCAACACGCCACUAACACUGGCUACAGAAAUCGGCGGAGACCUGGGAACAAUGAUGAUGCAGAACAUCCUUGCUGCCGAACCAUCGCAGAACGAUGGCUCCCUUCACAACGCCGCAAGGGAGCUCAAUGUUGCGGCCAUGCAGGUUCUGGUGGACCACGGCCAUGAGAUCGACUUCCCGAGUCCAAUACACGGUGGCCGGACUGCUUUGGGUGAACUGUGCCUCCAUGCAGCGGACGGCGGGCCCCUGACCGCAGCCCAGGAGAAAGCCAUGGAGAAAGCCAUGGCGUACCUGCUCAAGCAGGACACCGAUCUCAGUCUCUUGUCAGAUGGCAAAUCAGUCCUGUUCCUAGCCAUGGAAUCACCUGAGCCCGUCACUACCACGAGGGCCCUGCUGAAAGUCGGCAUGUGGAAACAUAUCAAUCGGCAGUUCAACCACUACACAGACAACACACGCACCUACUCGCCUACGCAAUACGUCAAACGGGUGCUACCACAGACCGACACCUCCGAGCAGCUACUCAGUCUCCUCAAAGCCAACAGGGGCCAGGACAUUUACUACGCCAACGAGGGACCGCAACCUGAGGGCGCUAUUGGUUUGCCGGAUGACAUAGUCCGCAUCGAACGCGAACGGAAGGCAAGGCUCGAGCGGAUUCAGCUCGAGGCCGAAGACCACUCGCGGACCCUCUCGCGCACCAAGGAGGUCGCCGACAUCCAGAACCAGAUCUUCGCCCAGCGGGCGCAGCUGGAGGACACGCGGUCGCGGCAGCAGCGCAGCACGGAGAUCGAGGGGAUCCGCGAGAAGGCGCUGCUGGAGGAGGAGCUAUUCAACGAGGCGGUGCGGCGGCAGCGGGCGGAGAGGGCUGCGGCGAUGGAGCACCAGUCGUCCAUCACGCAGGCGGCGGUCGAGCGGCAGCGGCUGGUGGCGGACACGGAGUUCGAGGCCGAGGGCCGCAGGCAGCUGCAGCUGCUCGAGUACGAGAAGCAGGCGGCCGACACCAGGGAGGAGCACGCGCGGCAGAUGACGGCCAACCGGGUGGACGAGCGGGCGGCCAUCGACCGCAUGGACCGGGAGCACGACUCGAGGAUCAAGAACCGCAUCGCGCAGCAGAAGAAGCUCGUCGACAGCCAGAACCAGCUCGCGAACCAGCUGGGCACCGUGGGCAUGCCGCAGAGGAGGCAGAUUGGCUACAUCUCGGGGGAGCUGGACUGA